AUGAAUAUAAACCUAUCGUACUUCGCUUGUCUCUUUCUCCUAGCUUUUGGCGCUGCAAAUUUCGUGAGUUUGAAUGAUGAGCUAAUAGAUAGAUCUUUGAAUUUGCGUGAUGAUCUGAGCAAUGUUAUGGAUGUGGGUUCAGAUGUUCAACAAGAAAUCUUACAAGGCCAAACACAGUACCUUCGAUACACCUUGAAUGCCAGCGAUUUUACAGGACAGAAUAACACAGGUUCAUAUGCACAUCUUUAUAUCAGUGGUAAUAUAGCACUGUGGCCCGCCAGCUAUAACUUCUCUGAAAGCGAUGCUCUCGACAUAUGUGUUGGAUUACUGGACAUUCUGCAAAGCAACGUAAAACCUCUCAAUUGCAGCGGCUUUCUGCUUGGAUUGUACGGAAUUCUAGUACCUGUCAAUGUAACCUCUCAAAAGGAUAUCUAUCUCUCAGUCUCAGCUCCUAAGUCAGCCAACGUGUCUGACCUGUGGCUGUACCUUUUAAAUCUUUCUCCGGAUCAACUAGCGUAUUCGUGGAAUGGAAACUCAUACUUGGAUCUCCUUGAUGCUGACGAUAAUAGUGCGCUUCUUGUUACGGGGCCGUUGAUGGGCCGGCCUCUCAAUUCAUCGUCGCAAACGUUUUCGAAUUUGAGUGCUGGGUUUCAAAUCUAUUUAUAUCCAGCUGAUUACAACGGUUUAGAAGGUAUGAUUUUAAGUUAUACUGCCAUCACCAAUGGCCCAGCCAUAUAUGCUUCCUCAAACCAAACAUUGGAGAUGACCAAUAGAGGAGGUGGAUUGCAUCAGCAAUUCUACAUUGGGGGUUUGAAUGCGUCUACCUCAUAUGUAGUGUACCUUACCAGUUGGAACGAAGACCUUGAAGUAAAACAGGUAUACCUCGGCUUUGAAUUCCGAACGAUGGACUCAGCGGCUUGUAGAAUCAUCUACAACCUAGACUUCUGUGACCAGGUUGCAUACGCGGUGCCUGUUUCGUCUCGUAAGGAAUACAAUUCGACUGAGGCUCUAAAAGAGCUCUACGAUAAGGAGGUUGAGCAUCUCUACGCGAACUUCUCGAAAGCUUUACAGCAAGUGCCAUGUAAUGCGUCGAACGGAACGGCUUACUCUCCCUUAGUGACAUGCACGGAUUGUGUCAAUCUGUACAAGGCAUGGCUUUGUGCCGUGACCAUCCCAAGAUGCUCUACUUUUGACAUAGGAUACUACACCGAUAGACCAGUGAAUGAGUCAAGAAAUGAAUUUGUUAACGAAGUCGUUCAGCCCCCUUUGCCAUAUAAUGAGAUUCUACCAUGCAUUGAACUAUGUCAGGACAUGGUGAGGACAUGCCCAGCACAACUCAAACUAUCAUGUCCAGUCAAGCAGGAUUUCGUCAUGCAAUCAUAUGGAGUUUUCUCAAAUUCUCUGGCAAAUGAUACCUGCAAUCUAAUAAGCAACCAGUAUUUCAAACUCACUUGGAAAGCAUGGAACACAUAA